GGCCUCAGGAGGGCGGGGCGGGCGGAGGCUGGCGGAGCGGCGGCCGCUGGAGCCGGGCGGAGGAGCUGGGCCUAGGUGGUCGCCCGGGCAACUGUGUCUGUGUAUGUGGUUUGGAGAAGUAGGGUCCACUGGAAACAAUGCCACCACCAUCUGACAUCGUCAAGGUGGCCAUUGAAUGGCCAGGUGCUAAUGCCCAGCUCCUUGAAAUUGACCAGAAACGACCCCUGGCCUCCAUCAUCAAGGAAGUGUGUGAUGGGUGGUCUCUGCCGAACCCAGAGUACUACACACUCCGAUAUGCAGAUGGCCCCCAGCUCUACAUCACUGAGCAGACACGAGGUGACAUUAAGAAUGGGACAAUCUUACAGCUGGCAGUCUCCCCGUCCCGGGCUGCACGCCAGCUGAUGGAAAGGACCCAGUCCUCCAACAUGGAGACGCGGCUGGAUGCCAUGAAGGAGCUGGCCAAGCUCUCGGCUGAUGUGACUUUUGCCACGGAGUUCAUCAACAUGGAUGGCGUUGUUGUGCUGACAAGGCUCGUGGAGAGCGGAACCAAGCUCCUGUCCCACUACAGUGAGAUGCUGGCAUUCACCCUGACUGCCUUCUUAGAGCUCAUGGACCAUGGCAUUGUCUCCUGGGACAUGGUUUCAAUCACCUUUAUUAAGCAGAUUGCAGGGUAUGUGAGCCAGCCCAUGGUGGACGUGUCCAUCCUGCAGCGGUCCCUGGCCAUCCUGGAGAGCAUGGUGUUGAACAGCCAGAGCCUGUACCAGAAGAUAGCGGAGGAGAUCACCGUGGGACAGCUCAUCUCACACCUGCAGGUCUCCAACCAGGAGAUCCAGACCUACGCCAUCGCACUCAUUAACGCGCUGUUCCUGAAGGCUCCUGAGGACAAGCGGCAGGACAAGCACCUUAAUCCUCUAGACCUGCCCGUCACUGACAUGGCCAAUGCCUUUGCUCAGAAGCACCUCCGCUCCAUAAUCCUGAACCAUGUGAUUCGAGGGAACCGCCCGAUCAAAACAGAGAUGGCCCAUCAGUUAUACGUCCUGCAAGUCCUGACCUUUAACCUUCUGGAAGAAAGAAUGAUGACUAAGAUGGACCCCAAUGACCAGGCUCAAAGAGACAUAAUAUUUGAACUGAGAAGGAUUGCAUUUGACGCCGAGUCUGACCCUAGCAGCGUCCCUGGGAGUGGGACCGAGAAACGUAAAGCCAUGUAUACCAAGGACUACAAAAUGCUGGGAUUUACUAACCAUAUCAACCCGGCCUUGGACUUCACCCAGACUCCUCCUGGAAUGCUGGCCUUGGACAACAUGCUGUACUUGGCUAAAGUCCACCAGGACACCUACAUCCGGAUCGUCUUGGAGAACAGCAGCCGAGAGGACAAACACGAAUGCCCCUUUGGCCGCAGCGCCAUCGAGCUCACCAAGAUGCUCUGUGAGAUCCUGCAGGUCGGGGAGCUGCCAAAUGAAGGGCGCAACGACUACCAUCCAAUGUUCUUCACCCACGACCGGGCCUUCGAAGAGCUCUUUGGAAUCUGCAUCCAGCUGCUGAACAAGACCUGGAAGGAGAUGAGGGCGACAGCAGAGGACUUCAACAAGGUUAUGCAAGUAGUCCGCGAGCAGAUCACACGAGCUUUGCCCUCCAAACCCAACUCUUUGGAUCAAUUUAAGAGCAAACUUCGCAGCCUGAGCUACUCAGAGAUUCUGCGGCUGCGCCAGUCCGAGAGGAUGAGCCAGGAUGACUUCCAGUCCCCACCAAUUGUGGAGCUUCGGGAGAAGAUCCAGCCCGAGAUCCUGGAGCUGAUCAAGCAGCAGCGCCUGAACCGGCUCUGCGAGGGCAGCAGCUUUCGAAAGAUCGGGAAUCGCCGGAGGCAAGAACGCUUCUGGUAUUGCCGUCUGGCCCUGAACCACAAGGUCCUGCACUAUGGUGACUUGGACGACAACCCUCAGGGGGAAGUGACAUUUGAAUCACUGCAAGAGAAAAUUCCUGUUGCAGACAUUAAGGCUAUUGUCACUGGCAAAGAUUGUCCCCACAUGAAGGAGAAGAGCGCUCUGAAGCAGAACAAGGAGGUGUUGGAAUUGGCCUUCUCCAUCCUGUAUGACCCUGAUGAGACCUUGAACUUCAUUGCUCCUAAUAAAUAUGAAUACUGCAUCUGGAUUGAUGGCCUCAGUGCCCUCCUGGGGAAGGACAUGUCGAGUGAGCUGACCAAGAGUGACCUGGACACGCUGCUGAGCAUGGAGAUGAAGCUGCGCCUGCUGGACCUGGAGAACAUCCAGAUCCCCGAGGCCCCGCCACCAGUCCCCAAAGAGCCCAGCAGCUACGACUUCGUGUACCACUACGGCUGACCUGGGCAUGCACUGGGGCCCGGGAGAGACACUGGCAGUCUGGUGCCUUGCCCUUCACUUGUACAGAAUCUCUGGUGAUCAUGGCGGCUAUUCCUCCAACCCACCUGGAACCCAGAGCUUCUCUCGGCCCCUGUCUACUAGCGUCAGAGGUGGGUUACACUGCCCUCCUCAACACUGACCAGCCCAGGGUCGGAACAAAGAUGCACUUGCCUUCCAGCCUGGAACUGCAUCUUGAACUGGGCUUAGUGACAGCCACUACCUUUUCUUCCCAGCCUGCUCUCCAGUUGGCUGGACCCCUGUGAGCCAGAGCUGGCCCAGGAAAGACCGCCCACAGGGACAGGUGUGCUGAGGGUGAUGAGCGGCUUGGAGUGACUGCCUCCCCAGGGGCCCGUUCAAGGACAGGCCAUGGGCCCUUGCUCGGGUCUUCGUGAGGGCUCAUCUGGUGCCGUGCUGCUGCUGCUUGAGGUCUGGCCCAGCAUCUGCAGGCUGUAGGGCCGCAGACCUCUCUUGCCAAUGCAAGUACUGGGGCAGAUGGCUCUCUCUUCCUCCCAAGCUGUCUGUCUCAUCUUGGCCAGGCAGAGACCUCCUAGCUGAGUCCUGCCCAGUUAAGCUCCAGGAAUGCUGCCAGGAAAACCUAGGCCUAGGCCCAGCCUAGUGAGGUCCCAGAAUUUCACCUCUCCCCCUGUAUCAAGAUCGUUCCUUUCUGGGCUGAAAGUUCCCACUAAUCUGAACUACAGCCCCCUCUGGUUUGCUUUCUUUGGCCUUUCAAGAUCCAGGAAGUUUGCCUUCCCCUCCUCACCUUCCUGGCGCUGUGGUUUCUGCCAUUGGCCAUGAUGUUCAGGGAGCUGGUCAAGGCCAGCUGAGGCCACAGCUGUGCCGUGGGCCUUCCCUGGUGCUUGCGGCACUUGAACCACACGCAGCCUCUCUGCUAGGAUGCACGUGAACAUGGUGGCAUUCAGUAUUGGUAGCCUGGCAUGGUAGGUACUACCCAAUGAAGAGUGUACUAUAUAUUUUCUUUACUAUAGGCCAUACUUAUACAGACAUGUAUAUAUAUUUAUAUAUAAGAUCUACCUAUCAUAGGACGGACUGGUUGGGGGAAAUAAAAUUGAGGGUAAAACAGUAAUGUUCUAGUCAUGAGCCAUGAGUAGAGCCAGAGGGCAGUCAGGAACUUCCUGUCAGUAGCCAUGUUUUCAAUAAAUACUCUUUCAUGUACA